AUGGAAAUAAUAGUUUAAGUGUUGCCUUUAAUGAUGAUUAAAGAAGCUGAGAUAAGUAAAAUGAAAUAAAAUUUCAUUAACAAUUUCUCAAAAAUGUUCAAAGAUUUCUUAAAAACCAAGUAUUUGAUUUAGAUGUAUAAUUGCCAAUAGAAAAAGCAUAAAAAAAAUUUAACUUAAGAAAUUGAAAAAUAAUUUCAACAAAAUGUUUUAGUAAUUUAAGUAAAACAAGAACAAUCAGUUAUUUUAGAAAAAUAAGAAGAAUUGCAAGUGGAGACUGGAGGUAAUUAAGAGUAGAAGUAUAAGAGGAGAUAUUUAUUUAAGAAAAGAUAUAAGUUACUAAAACAGAUAUUGAGACUCUUAAGGCUUGAAAUAAAAUGGAAGAGAAGUCAAUUUCACUUCACCUUAAAGUCUCUUAAGAAUUCAAUGGAUUGA